UUAGAUAUACCUAAGACGCUAAAAGACUUAAAGAUAGGUCUUAGUUUUAUAGGUUAUUAUAGGAACUUUAUAGCUUUAUAUUUAGCGAUUGCAGAACUACUGCAGAAGAUUAAGGCCAUUGGUUUUAAAUAUAUAUUAAUUAAGAACCUAGAACGGGCAAUAUAUGCAGCGAAGGAAAUCCUGAAGGAGAAAUUAUAUACUGUAGUGGAAUUAGCCUUUCCUAACUACUUAUUGCCGUUUAAAUUAUAUGUAGACGGUAGUAAGGAAUAA